AUGCAGAACGAGUUCACCUUUAAGGUUGACUUGUGCCGCACAGGAGACACACCACUGGGCAUAGACUUGAUCCUCGCCAAAACCAAACUGGAUGGGAGUUUGUUGGUGGUGGAGAAGGUAAGGCCUGGCGGCUUGAUUGAGGAGUGGAAUCGUAAAUCUGUCGGGCCAUAUCGCGUUCAAGCAGGAGAUUUGAUCGCGAGUGCCAACGGCGUGCAAGAUGAUGCAAAUGCUAUUUCCAAUCUUUUGCGCAAUGCUCAAGACACACUUCGCAUCACCGUGCUGCGCAAGCAGCUCCUGGAUUCACAGUUUCUGCCACAGACGCAGGUACCGCAGGUCAUGCCGGCCGAGCAGAGGCCAGGCCUGCAGAGGUUCGAGUCUGCAGUGGGCUCUAGGACCGUAGCAAACGCACAGAAUCAAGGCAUGAGCCAAGGCAUGGGUCAGCAGUUCGGCCGAAUGGGCAUGGCGCCUCCCGCGACAACAGCGCCGUCCAUGGAGGUGCCGAGCAAGACAGGUCCCGAAGGCUUCACCUUCGAGGUGACUCUCCAUAAGCCCUAUGGAGCAUAUCUAGGAAUUGACAUGCUUCCGGCACCCGAGCUUGCGUGCUUGAUGGUCAAACAGGUCUUCCAGGGAGGCGUAGUAUUCGCAUGGAACUGCCAGUGUGAAGGCAAUGCCUUCACUAUUCAACCCGGGGACUACAUCGUGCGUGUGAACAGCGUUUUUAGCGAUAUAAAGGCCAUGAUGGAAGAGAUGAGGGCGAAGUCUGAGCUCCUGGUCACCUUGAUGAGGAGGAGGACAUCUGACACUUCCAGAAAGGGUGGGAAGGCCUUCCUGGGCGGCGGUGGCAGCGAUGCCGGACGGGGGCUUCAAAUGCCGGAUGCGCUCUCAAUGCCAAGCUCCCGGCUUUCGCAGCUAGGUGGAGCCAGCGAGGACCUCGGGGCCAAUUACUGGCAGCAGGAGAGUCAGAGUCAGAGCCUUCCAGCAGGCCAGCCUUUCACGUUUCAGGUGGACAUCGAGAAGCCCCUGGGCCGUAAGCUUGGUGUCGAUGUGAUGCUCGUGACUGGGCCUGGCUCAUGUGGCUUGCUAGUUGGGCAAGUAGCUCCAGGGAGCUACGUAGAUCAGUGGAACCAGCGCAACCAAUGGCCACUAAAGAUUCAGAAGGGGGAUCUCAUUGUUGCUGCCAACGGCAUCAACGCGUGGACCUCCUUGCCAAGGAUGGCUCAGGAAUUCGACGUUGAUGUUCAGCGGGUAUGUUUCACUGUACAGCGUUCGGGUGCUGCAAUGCAGAGUUCGGCACCACGAAGCUCUUCUUCCGUGACUUCACCCCCGAUGCAGCCCGGUAUGUCGGCUAUGACUUCGCCGGCACUCGAUGCGCCCGUAGAGAACAGUUGGUGGCAUGGCAUGUCUGGGAUGGCUCCUGGCAACUGGGUCAAGCCGCUGGGGACGUCACCCGUGCCCCAGGAGAGGCCAAGCAAGUCUGGCAUCCAGCCCGUGCAGCUAAAUGUCACUGGCCGCAGCGGCUACAUGCAGUCCUUACCUGCACCGGACGUGCCCGACGAUUUGGUGAUGCCUCCAGGUUUGGCCGCCAGAGCCGGACAGCCUGCGACCAUCCCUUUCGAGAUGCAGUCCAAGGAGACCUCCAAUAAAAUGCCGGCAAAGAUCCCCGAGAUGGCGUCUGCUAUGCCACGAGAAGCGCGAGGGACAGCACUCGAAGUGAACGCGGCUGCAGCUGCUGCGGAUGACGCGGAGGCAACAGCUACAGCCAUGGCGGCAGCAGUGGUCGAGGACCUGGGGUUGCACGACGACCGACAGGAAGCGAAGUCCAAGCUGCCACCGGCAAAGCUUCUCCUUUGCACUUUGCAGCUCGGCGUGAGUCUAUUGAGGCUCCGAGCUUCCCCCGGUCGUCAACAGAGGUUUGGAAAUUCAGGAAGUAGCUAG